UGAAUCAGUUCCUGUCCGGGUUGGGGUAAAAAUGGCAGCUACGGGAGCCGGGUCUCCCAGCCGGUUGGUCCAGUAUGUUAUUGUCCGGUCGGAUCUGGUUCACAAGCUGUCCUGGCCCCUGGGAGCCGUUAUAACUCAGGCCUGUCAUGCCGCGACCGCCGCCAUCCACCUUCACUACGGAGACCCGGACACUCAGCGGUACCUGGCCGAGCUGGACUCCAUGCAUAAAGUGGUGCUGGGGGCCCCAGACGAGGCUGCCCUCUCCAGCCUAUCAGAGACUCUAACACAGGCCGGUGUGGCCCACAAGCUUUGGAUCGAACAACCAGAAAACAUCCCCACCUGCUUGGCUCUGAAGCCAUGUCCUAAAGAGACUGUCCAGCCGCUGCUGCGCAAGUUCAAACUCUUCAAAUGACUGCCUUGAAAGACACUGUCCAGCCAAGCACCGCAAUGCAUGUCAGUACCUAAUUUCAUCUAUCAAAGGUGAAUAAGAGUUAUGCGCUUCGUCUCAGUGCAGUCUAAACACCUGCAAUGUCCAAGAUUAAAGUUGGAAAAUAUGAAGUUCUUUUCUGGAUGAAUUUGUUCAGGUGAAAAGGUAAAAAACACAAAGGUAUUAUUUGUUUUGCUAAUAUUUAAUUAUAUAUUAACAUAACGAACUACAAAACGAAGAAUGGUUUGACUUGGAGCCACGAAAAAGUUGAUUAUCAAGUGUACUAAUCUAAUCUGUUGUUAACAUAUUCAGAAAAUGAAUCAUCCCUGUUUAACACACUGUAAUUAAAAUAUAUGUUGUCACAUUGCCAAUCCUAAAAUUAAGGAUGGAAAAAAAUCUGCUGUCAUGUGUUG